CACGGGAACACGUUCUGCAGCCGUGUACCUUAGACACAGCAAGUCGGCGUUGGCUUGAGAAUUCCAGACCACAACAUCCGAUUCCCAGCCAACAUCCCCAAAAUGCAUUGUCUACGCCGCGCUGCUCUGAGGUCCGCGCUCUCGGCCACGAGGGCCGUUUUGACCCCAAGGGCCAUUGCGCCCUUUGCCGCCGUGGCUCCCGCAGACUGCAGUGUUGCGAGGUCAGCUUCACCGCAGGCUAUCCGCUUCUUCUCGCAGACGCUGCGUAAAGCAUCCGAAGACAGGCAGUUAGAGGAAGCACAGCGCAAGUCGGAGGAGGAACUUGAUCGCCAAGUUGUUGCCGACGCUCGUCAAGAUGUAGAAGAGUCCGUGGCGCAAACCGAGGCCGAUAUUCAGGAGGCGAUGCAAGAAGUGACGCCGGAAGAACCUGCUCCACGGAGACGAUCCAACGAAUCAAGCCAGAAGAGCGUCUUCGUGCGCAACCUUGUAUUUGAGAUCACCGAGGAGCAUCUGCAGAAGGCAUUUGCCAAGUAUGGCGAGGUCGAGGGCGUAUUCAUUGCGCGCGACCCUCGCGGUAUGAGCAAAGGGUAUGGCUUCGUGCACUUCAAGACACAAGAGGCGGUGGAUGAUGCCUGCGCAAAUGUCAACGGCUCAUUCUGGCACGGGCGCCGUGUUACCUGCAUUCCCCGGACACAAAAAAAGGAAUCGCCCAGAUCCUUGAGACACCGCAACUCACCGUCGACCCCAACCGCGCAGCUCUUCAUCGGCAACCUUCCCUACGAGACGACCGAUGCCGAGCUGAACCGGCUCUUCCGGAGCAUUGACAACAUCACGGAUGUACGGGUGGCUGUCGACCGCACCACUGGUUGGCCCCGCGGCUUUGCGCACGUCGAUUUCAAGUCCGUUGAGGCAGCCAUGGAGGCAAUGAAGAGGCUAGAGGGCGCCAAGCUUGGCGAUCGGGAGCUGAAGCUCGACUAUGCGCACGGGUAUAGGAAGGGGGAGAACCAAGACAAGACUUCUCGGUCCAUCUUUACUGAUGAGAGCGAGUGAGCAUUGAAGGGAAAGGUUCCAACACCACAUGCGUUAGGGGUGUCGCUGGCCGUCACGGGUAAUUCGUGGGGGCGCUCGGCGUGGCCAUGAUUUCCUUGGGGUUGUUGGCCCAACGACAGGUGGAUGGGCUCCUCGCUUGGCUUCCUGUGGGAAGUCUAAGUCCCCGCUAUGUAUGAAUCAUCUAUGAUGGCAUCUUCCUUCUGUAACAUGAAUGUAUAACUACCCCAUCAUCAUUGAAAGAGGAGGCGUCGAUCUAAAUGUAAUGUACACUGGGCUAUAGGUACCAGUAGUUCGGAACCUGAAGCUGGAAGGUACCGCUCACGCUCGAGGCUUGUUCUUUAGAGGGGGCCCAUCGGUUGAAAAACGCUCGGACCCCCAAGUACAUCGCCCAAACGCUC